AUGGGAAUAUUAAGAUUCUUGUCUAGUAAACCACUGAACUCCUUAAUCCACUUCCAAAAGCAUGAAUCAAAAUUUCUAGUACUUAGUAUUCAAACCAUCUGUGGACUCUUUCAGAUUGUUAUAGAUGCAAAGGACUUUCUAAGGACGGGCAGUGGUAACGACAUUAAGAUUUCGGAGAAUACUUCUGAUGAAGAUGGCGAUGUCUUGGGUCUACUUAUAGUAGAACACAAUCAAAACUCUAAAGAAAAAAUCUCUUCAACUCUCCUCGACUCCAAUUACGGUGUGGAUGGCAACUUGAAGGUGUGGUCAGAGCUAUCAGACUCUUCGGAAACCGAUUCAUCAGGCGAUACAAACUCUGACGAAUAUCCGGACUCGGAGUCAUACGAUACCGACAGCGAAUCAAAUUACUAUCACCCGGAGGACUAUGAAGAAAAUAUGAGUACAGAGGUUGCAACCCUAUCUGAAAGCCAGCCCGCAAUCUUACGAAAAGCGUGGAAGUCAUGUUUGAAGAAAGCGGCUAAAGUGUGCAAAAAGGCCUGUGUAGCCACUUAUAAGAAUGCUUGUGAUGGUUCUUCCUGCAAAUCCAAGUUUAAAAAGUCAAUGAAGAAGGGAUGUAAAAGAUAUUGUAAAGAUUCGUUUGUUUAAUUCCAGAGUCAAAUGGAGGCGGUGUUGUGAAAUUUUAUGUAGGAAUUACUUGUAUAGCUAUGUUGUUCUAAUUGAAUUAUUGAG